UAAGGUUGCUUAGACCAACUCCUCAGACUGCACCAUGAGAGCUCUCGUGUUUCUGCUGCUGGUGGCUGCAGCCAGUGCCUACAAGAUGGACAAUUGUGAUCUGGCCAGGAAGCUGAAGGCUGCUGGGAUGGAUGGAGUGGGCACUAGCCUGUCUGGAUGGGUCUGUCUGGCAUUUCGUGAGUCUAGCUACGACACUGAGGCCGUAAACCGUGCCAACUCAGACGGCUCCACAGACUACGGCAUCUUCCAGAUCAACAACAGGUACUGGUGUAGCGACAGCCAGUUUAAUGGCAGAGGCUGUGGCGUCCGCUGCACUGACCUGUAUAACCUCCAGAGGUCCAUUACAUGUGCCAAAACAAUUGUCAGGGAGCAAGGAAUUCAUGCCUGGGUUGGCUGGAGAAACGGUUGUCAAGGAGACACAAGAAAGUACAUCGCAGGUUGUACUGGUCUUUAAUCAGUCUAUACCUUGGACCGCCCGCGUCACAAUCAGACCCAUUCAGGCGAAAGGCCACCAUUGUCUGAUUGUCUGACUGACUGAUUGUUUUAGGCAUAAUAAUGGGAUACAUCAUGUAACAGGGCAAGUCCCACAUGGUUUUUGUGCCCACUUGUUUUGUGACUUCUGGCUACGCCCCUGUUAGGGGACAUCCCUGAGCAGAGAACGUUAAGCAAUAGCAUACUGUGGCACACACACACUGGUUGAUUUAUACUGUCAAAUUAAGUAAUAAAAAUAUGAAAAAUGUA